AUGCAUAUCCUAGGGCUGUGCAAUGGCUCCCUGAACGGCAACUCGGAGAUACUGCUCAAAGCCGCCUUAAAAGCGGCGAUUAACGAAGACUCCAACACAACGGUAUCGUGGAUGCACAUACCUUCCGUUGCAAUACCAAGACAUCGCCAACCACUCAGGGUAGACAACACAAUAAUACCGGACCGCAACGAUGAAGGAAGGCAAAUACAAGAUGCGACAGAGCCAGACGAUCGCGAAGCGGCAUACAACGCAAUAAUGGACGCCGAUGCCCUCAUCAUCGCAACCCCAGUCUACAGCCACCAACCUCCAGGGGCCCUAAAAGCACUGGCUGAUGCCAUCCUCGGACCAUACGCCGACGUGUCCAAUGCCCAUCGAAUGAAAGCCCUCCAGGAAUCCGGGGAUCCGGAAUGGCAGCAUGUCCAGAUUGAUCUGCGCGAACUCAAGCCUCGCGUGGCGGGCUUUAUCGCGGUGGCCGGAUCAGGCCCCGAGUUUCCAGAGCAGUGGACUAUGGCCCUGCCAACAAUGCACUCUGUGGUCUAUCCACUUCACGCACAGGUCGUCGAUCAAAUUGUCUUACCCGGCUUCGCGAAUGCGGGGUCCGUAUUACUGGAUCCUGAUAAUGCGAUUGCUCGUGCGGAGAUCUUGGCCCGACGUGUAGCGAGCCAAAUGGGUCAGCCUUUGGGAGAAGUGAAGUAUCUGGGCACUGAGGAGCCAGGGAGCUGCCCGUACUGUCAUCAGCUCAAAAUUGAGUUCCGUCAGGGGAAUCAUGUUGUGUGCAUUGUAUGUGGUGCGAACGGAAUCUUAGCAUCUGAGCUAAGUGGUGAUAUACGUCCAAUAUGGGAGAAGGAUUCAGACGUAAGCUGCAUUACACUUGAGGGGAAAUGGAAACACUCCGAUGACAUUCGGGGGAUGUUGGGUGGUGAAAGAGCAAAACUUCCUCUUAUUGCUCACGACCUAAAACGGUGGAGUGCUUUAGAAUUUCCCCUUGUUGACUUGCCUAGCCUUCGCGGGAGGGUUGGGAUGCCCUCGGCUUGA